GUUUGCAGAAAAAUGGUUGCCAAAACUAUAUAUUUUCUAUUGCUGUUCGAGCAUAUUACUCACAAGUAAGUGUACAUUUGGAAAAAACGCCCCUGCAUUUUGGGGUGGAAAGCGUCCUAGAUGAACCAUUUGCAUCCAUUCAUUCGCGAUCGUUUCAUUCAUAAAGCGGCCAUGCGAAAGAGCGAACAAUUUUGAGCGAAUGAUGCACCCCCGAAUGAUCGAUCCAUUCGAGCAGUGUGCGUUCUUGUUCAUUUCCCAUUCCAGUAUUCGAAGUGAGAAACACACUGGAAUGAGCGAGAAAGUCAGCGUAUCUGUGUGCGUGAGAGAGAGAAAGGGAGAGCGUGAAAGAGAGCAAGUGUGGAUCGGGCACCGAACGGGAAUGAACAUCUUGUUCGGGAACGCAUUCAAUCGGGACCAUUUCAUUCGAGCAGUUGUAACUGAUCGAGCCAGACGCGAGCACAGUCUGCUCUGUACCCUUGGUGUGAUCGUGUCGUUUUCUGUUCAAGUUUUGUUCAAAAAAACACGCAUUGCCUUUCGGACAAACUUUUUUGGCGCGUUUGGUGUGUGAUCUCGUGUUUUAUCUUGUGUUGUGAACUGAUAGUUCUGUUCACAGAAAAAAAAAGAUUUUAAUUGUAACAUUCUCCUCCUGAACAUAACAAUUGAAGUGUGAGCAGUGUUGAUAGUACAUGGAAAGAAAAAUACUUAAUGUUUACUUGUGGCGGAGAAAGCAAUUUUAAAUAUUAUUGAUAAAAAAACGUAAAACAUUGUAACGAAGCAUAUUGUGUUCAAGCUUCGUAUUUUUUUUGUUCUCUUUGGUCUGGCAAAUUUUAACGAAGCAACAGUUGUGAUCCGGUUACAAGUAACAGUUGUGUGAUAUUUGUUGCUGGUGAUGGUUUAACACGUUUGUACGGAUUUGUACUGAUUGGUAAUUCGCAUAAUAGUGUCCAAAGAGAACAAACCGUACGGUGCGAGUGUGUUCUAGCGCAAUGUCCAACGCGUGGCCCCCGGGGCCAACCGGAACCGGAAGGGUCCGGAACCGUGGCGGUACGGUACCGCCCAUCAAUCAAUACCCCAGUCCGCUAUCAACGGUAACCGUGCGGUUGCUGAUGGUGGUAACACUUGCGGCAACAACCACCGUCCUCCUAUCAACUGGAGCGGAUGGGUCGAUCAUACCGGCGACAAAGACCGAAGAGCACGACUAUGCCGGAGCAUUGCAGGAUCUCGAAACGGGCUGCAUCAAUCGUUGCCCCGACCAGAAUCAAACGAGCUUCACCGAGCACAUCGAUGCCAGCUGUGGAAAUGACUGUUACAUCAAACAGUGUACGAUUGGAUGCCGGCAGUGGGAGCUUGCACUAGAGUCCAGCUGUCAGCAUGCGUGUGUAAGUAUACCUGGUAAGACACUAAGCAUUUACAACACACAAACUAAACGGAUCUUCGAUCCAUAUACGCACACACAGAACGUCAGCGAUCAGGAGCUGUUGGAAGCCCGGGAAUGGUCCUGCAUUGCGGGAUGUAAUGAUGGGCUGAGCCGGUACUUUCGGUGGCUUAAGGCGGAGAUCGGUACACCGCAUGCGCCGGCCCUUGUCGCCGACAGUCUUACCGCGACGGCACUCGCACUGGAAUGGGAAAUCCCAGAGCGUCUGGUACGGUUGGCACGCCACCGUAACCGUGGUCCGCGCAGCUAUCUUGUCCAGUGGCGUUACGAGGAGGUAGCCGGUGACUGGAAGUACUACCGGAACCAGAGCAUGGGUGACAGUUCGACCGUGCGCGUUGACAACCUGCAACCAUACACCAAGUAUCGGUUUCGGGUAGCGCUGCUACUCUCGCCCCACCACGACCAGGUCCUGACAUCCGAGCAGAGUGUCAUCAUCAGCACGCUACCGUCCGGUGUACCUACGUCGGAGCCCACGAUCGUGCGUGCAGUGGCGGUAGAUCACUCGCGCAUUUCCAUCUCCUGGGAGCCAGGUCCAUUCCCGAACGGUCCCGUACUGUCAUACGUGCUGCAAAUUAAAGAUCUCCACCCGAUCGGCUACAGUGCCCUCAAGGAAAUCCCGGAAUCAAACACGUCCCGCCAUUACAUGUUCGAGAAGCUGGAACCCGAGCGUAAUUAUUCGGUUUCGGUAGCGAUGAGCAAUCCGGCUGGUGAAGGUCCCGCCUCGGUAACACUCGUGGCCACGCCGCCGAAAGCUACCGGUCACGAGGAAGCACUACUGCCAACGCUUAUUCUCGGUGCGGAACGUUCCAUCCUGGCGCAAAGUUCACUGACGCUGUUCUCCGACCCGCCGACAAGCGUGUACGCUAGCAUCGAACACAAAAUUCGUGGUACAGCAACACACAUUCGGCGGGGGCUACUGUUCGUGUCGGACGAUGCCGGUUACAUCUAUCGUGCCCCAUCGCGGCCCGGUGCCGAGAAGGCACGGGUCGCCAUCUUGGUACCGAGCGCCGCCAAUAACUUCCGGCCGACGCUGCUAUCCGUCGAUUGGUUGAACGAGCAUCUGUACGUACUGGGACAGGCGCGUCCAACGAAGUUGUGGCAGAUUGCGUACUGCGAUUUCACCGGCGGCCAUCUGACGGUUGCGAUCGCGGGUCUUCAACGACGGCCGGACCAUUUUGCGGUCGAUCCGUACAAUGGUUACCUGUUCUGGGUGGUCGGUGGUACCGGAUCAGAUACGGGACUCUUUCGGCUUGAUUUGGGCGACAUUUCGAACGGUGUGCGCCAUGAAAUCCGACCGGUGCAGAUGGUGAGCGGACGGAAUCUGGGUGCGUUUACGCUCGAUCAUGCUAACUUUCGGGUGCUGUUAGCGGAUCAAGGUAAUAAUACGGUACUGGCGGUUUCGUUCGAUGGUAGCAAGCAGGAGGACAUUCGCAACAACACGCAGCAGCCACGGUUCGAGCGCGUCAAAUCGUUAGCACGCGCGAAUGGGCUGUUUUACUGGACGAACGGUACGGAGGUGUUUGCGGAGGACUAUCACCGGGUGCACAAUAGCUACUACCAUAACGCGUUCCCGAUAGCGGCCAACAAUACGUACUUUAGCAUUAGCGUUAAUAUGACAGCUGAACAACCGAUCCCGGUACCGGUGAACCCGCCGCGUAACCUGCAAGCACUCGCCUCACCGGACAAGCUGAAGGUGUCCUGGGACGUACCUUAUCUGCUCGGUGUGAAGGGACGCGGUGCCUGGCAAUCCUGGAGCUACCUGGUGGAGGUGAGUGACGAGCAGCUCGCUAGUGUGCUGCAUGUCGCUACGGUUAAUGGUACCAGCUACGCAUGUGACAUUGCCGGCCGAUUGCUACCGAACCGGGUGUACACGGUGCGGGCAGCCGCCUUUACGACCGCAGGUCGUGGACCGUGGAGUCGGGAGUUCCGCGUGCGUACGCUGCGCCCGGAAAGUCAGCACCAUCUCGUGUGGGCCAGCACGGACGGUAUAGUGCGCAGUGAUGUGAUCGGUGAGCAUGUGUCGACGCUUAUACCACGCUCGACCGAGCUGGACGGUGCUGCCGUAACAAGCCUGGCCUGGCACGCGCGCACACUUUACGUCGUGAGCAACUCCACGCUGCGGAUGUACCGGGAACCGAGCGCUCCCGGUGGCGAGUGGACGAAGCUACGAGAUCUCGAAUCGGUGGAGUGUGUGGCGAUCGAUUGGAUCGGUGAGCGACUGUACUACUCCAAUCCGGCCCAACAGCUGAUCGUGCGGUCGGGGCUGCUCGGUGAGCAACCUGAACCAAUACACAGUGUGAUGAACGUGCGUGAGAUACGGUUUGAUGCGUACCGUGGCUUCAUCUACUGCUCGUCCGGGCUGAUACUUGAGGCGUUCCGGCUGAACGGCAAAAGCCGCGUGCAGUACUUCAACGAGAAGCUGUUCACCGGCAAGCAGAUCAUCGGCAUGACACUUGAUCACGAUGGGCAGCUAUUGUUCUGGAUAGUGCGUAGUUACUCGCAUUCCCAUCUUUACUGGGCACCGCUCGCUGGCUCACCAUCCGCCAUUGCAGGUGGUGCUGGGACUGGUACGCUACCGUCGCUACCACUCACCGACCAGACGCCGCAAGGACCGCUGCUACACUUUAGCGAUCGGUUGCUUUGGCUAAAGGAAAGCCAGGUUGUGAUCGGUGAUGUUAAAGGUGAAAAUUUGGCCUACAUUCGCAAUCAUCAUCUGAAUGGUACGCGCGCACUAGCGCUUAUUGAUCCUGCGCCGAAAACGCCCACCAUCAACGUGUUGCCCGCUAGUGUGAAUGCUAGUACGAUACGCGUUACCGGUGAUUGGCGACGGUUUAACGUUAGCUGGACACCGGUCGAAAACGUCAACUACAGUACCGUGUUUUACAAACUCACACUAAAGCUGCCGGACGCGCGGGAUAUUGUGCAGGAACUAACCGUCCCGUACUUCGUGUACGGUGGCACUGGCAGUGAUGAUGGUGACGAUAAUGAUGUAGCCAGUGUCGAGCAUGGACCGAUCGCACCGUACACACCGAUCGAUAUAACGCUGCACGCCUUCACCUAUUGGCGAUCGUCGAGUUUCUCUAGCGUGCGGCGUCACACACCGGCUGGGAAACCCUCGGUACCGGUUGCACCGCGCGCCUACAUUCAGCAUCAUUACUUGCCAGGCACACACGAACUCAGCACCGGUAUUGUUUUCCGCUGGUCACCACCAACCGAACCGAAUGGACCGGUUGUAGCGUACCGGGUCGAUUGUUGGUCUAGCUACGAUGAAACGAAACGGAGGGUGUUGAUGGACGGUGUGGAAGUGCACAACGGACAUACGGAGCUGCUCAUACCCGAAGCGGUACAGCCGAACAUGACCUACUACCUGCAGGUGCGGAUGUGCAAUGUCGACCACAACGGUGAUCCGAGCGAAAUACGAUCGAUUAGUUUGAGGGACGGUCGGCCAUUGCCGUUGGUGUACGUUGCAACCCAUGAUCAGAUACUGCUGCUGGACCUUGAUAUGCGUAAGAAUAUCACUAUAGUAGCCACUGCCGUACCAGCCAUGCUUCUCACUGAGCUACGCUACGAACGGAAGCUGUUCUGGGUGAACGUUAACGGUGAGCUUUUCAUGCACGACGAUGCGGAUGGUAAGCGUAAGCUGGCACAGGUACCAUCGCGCGCUACCGCACUCACAGUGGACUGGGUCUCGCGUACCGUCUACGUGCGUGCCCAAACACCUUCCGGCAAUGGGAGUACGCUGCAUGCGUACGAUCUGAACCGAUUCGAGAGUGGUGGCUCGGAACCGGUACACCGGAUGUUCAGCCUACCAGCCGAACCUACCUCGAUCGAACUACUGCAGUACUUGCCGGACGUUGCCGAGCUGCUCGCCAUGUCACGAACGGCCCGUGCCGGUUACGUUAUCUCCCUUGAUGAACCGGAUCGUGAACCGAUCUCAUUCAACUGUGCAGCAGAGCCCGUAGACGAACGGAUGCAAAUGUUCUGUGACGAGUAUGGCAUCGAAAUGGAUGACGAUGGACAUCGCGGAACAGUGCAAGACGAGGACUAUCUGUACUGGAUCGGUACGAACAGCACGGUGAAUGUGCGAACACGCGACGAUUCACCCACCACGGGUAUGGAACCGUUCGCGAUACCAGGAGCCGUUGCAUUGCUGCCACUGCAGCAAAAGCAACGCUAUCCGCCCGAGCGCUGUCUCGUUCCCGUCGUCCAGCACAUCCAGUAUCUACCUGAGCAGUAUAAUAACACCGAGAAUUCCAUCACGCUGCGUCUACCGGAACCGGAACGACACGCCGACUGUGACCGACGGCCACCGGCAGUACGGUAUCGCAUCAUGUAUCAGCUGGAGAAUGAACCAACCGCCGACCUGUACGUGGACUACUCGUACGAGAUGAGCCGCACGAUUGGAAACCUUCGGCCGUUCACUAGCUACCGGUUUGGUAUAACGCUCACCAACCACUACCUCGCAGCGAGUCGUGCCGUCACCGAACGGUUGCUAGCCGGUGGGGAGACGACCGAAAUGCCUAAGCAGCACAUGCCGGUCGUUUUCCGCACGGCAGUGGGACCUCCAUCUCGCCCUGAAGACAUCACUGCAUUGCCGAUCAGCCCUACCGAGGCGAUUGUAAGCUGGACACCGUCGCGCCAAAAGAACAGUCACCAUGUAUGGUACGAAAUUUGGCGUGCGGAAACGGACGAGCACAAAAACCGGCAGCAGCAGCUUGUCACAGAUUUCAAAAUGGACGACACAUUCAUGACGGCGGCCAUUGUUCGGUUGCAGCCAAACCAGACGUACAUUAUUUGGGUGCGAGCGUACUCCAAUUUUCAUGCGUACAGCGAUAGUGAAAAGUUCCAGAUCCAAACGUUCCCAGAGCCGAGUGAUAUACAGCUACUAUCACUCAACUCGACUGGUAUACGGCUGCGGUGGAUCCCUCCCGCGAACUGUCGGAAGUACCGGAUACAGUACUCCAUCGCUGGACAAAACAGCUGGACGACGAUGUACGAUUCGAUGUCGCCAACGGUUUGGUACAACUACCAUUACGAGCUAAAUGAAUUGCUACCGAAGACAAAAUAUCAAUUUACCAUUCUGCUGUACUACCCGUACCGGGAGGAACCGUACCUGUGGCCAAGCGAUCGUGAAAUACUCUUUGAAACGAUGGCAGAUAAACCGGCCGCUCCAGGUCGGCCGACUGUGACAAAACUUCGGCAGGAUGUUUACAAAGUGAGCUGGGAACCGGCAAAAGAUAAUGGUGCCAUCAUUGAGGAGUACGCCCUGGAAGCACUAGUAACUCAGUCGAAACGAGCCGCUCGUUUAGUGAUGCCACCGGAGGAAGAGAAUGCACUGGUGGUUGGUACGAACGGAAGCAACGAUACUGGUUCAGUUACCGAGGUCGAAACAUAUGACGAACACUGGAGCCAGGUGUACAACGGUACGGAUGUGUACUGGAUUAUUCCAGAACGGCACGCCAUUCAGAGCAAUCUGUUUCGGGUACGGGCACGCAACUCGUACGGUUGGGGCCCCUACAGUGACGAAAGUCGACCUACUGGAGCGCAACUACAUGUGCAGCGUACUAUUGUCUACAUUGGAACCUUUGUCUUUACUAUCACCACGAUUAUUAUGUUCGUCUCAGUGAUGGUGGUAUUAAUGUUAAAGGCAACGAGAAAAAUGAAGAAAAUGGACUCGGCUAAUGCAAGACUUUCUGAUGUUGAGCUCGCAAACUUGCGAGAGCUUCCACGUCGUGGUAACUUUAUACAAACUACCAACAUCCUGUACAGCACGGGUUCUAUGACUGAUUCGGAAAUAGCGCUAUUGCCCCGCAUACGUCUCGACCAGAUCUUUAUGGCAAGUUCAUCGUUGCUGGGUAGUGGAGCAUUCGGUGAAGUAUACGAAGGUGUUGUGAAAGGCGUUGAUGGUGAAGCCGAAACACGGGUGGCAAUAAAGACUCUCAAAAAAGGAGCAAAACUACACGAGAAACAAGAGUUCCUACAGGAGGCACAGCUAAUGAGUAACUUUAAACACAAACACAUUACGCGUCUGCUCGGUGUGUGUCUUGAGGCGGAUGCCCUGCUCAUCAUUAUGGAGCUGAUGCAGGGUGGUGAUCUGUUGAGCUAUCUACGUCGCAGUCGCUCGCUUCCAGGCCAGGCGGCACGUCUGACGAUGCUCGAUCUGAUCUCGAUGUGCCAGGACGUGGCGUCCGGUUGUCGGUAUCUGGAGGAGAUGCAUUUCGUACACCGCGAUCUGGCAUGCCGUAACUGUCUGGUGUCGUCAACGGAUCCGCGCGAUCGCGUGGUAAAGAUCGGUGACUUUGGGCUGGCGCGGGACAUCUACAAGAACGACUAUUACCGGAAGGAAGGCGAAGGUUUGCUGCCGGUACGGUGGAUGUCACCGGAAAGUCUGGUGGACGGUGUAUUUACCUCGCAGUCUGAUAUCUGGGCGUUCGGGGUACUGCUGUGGGAAAUUAUGACGCUCGGUGAGCAACCGUAUCAGGCGAAGAACAACGUUGAGGUCCUUAACCAUGUACGCGAGGGUGGCCAUCUUGACCGACCGAAGGUGUGCCCGAACGAGAUGUACGAGCUGAUGCAGUACUGCUGGAGAUUCUCACCGGAUGAGCGACCCACGUUCCGGUACUGUCUGGAGGUGUUGAGAACACUGCGCGAAAAUACCAGCGAGGAUACGCAGAUCAUUGCACCGUUUCCGGCGAAACUGCAGCAAGAGGCCGUAUCGAAUCCGGCUUACCUGGUGUGCGAAAGUGGCCAGGUGUCACCACUGUCAGGUUCACUGCGCUAUGGUGGAAGCGACGUUGGAAUGAUCGCCACACCACCAACAUCAAGCAGUGGUAGCAGCGGUGCUACUGGUUGUCCCGGACCAAACACCCCAAAGUACUUGGAGCUGGUGUACGAAAAUAGUGGCGACCAGGACCAACCGGAUGGCUUCGGUGUGCCGCCGGACCGAGCCAGCCCGAUACCGGCGAUGCCCACCGACAAUGGUUACGAAAUACCGAUCACCGACAACCGUGCACAGUUCGUCGAAGCAGGCAGCAGCAGUCUGCCCCGCCACAGUAACCACGGUGGCCUACCUAACCUGCAGGUGCUGAUACCGAAUCUCUCAGUGCUGCUGCCGGACAGUACAAACGGAAGCGUCAGUCGAGACUGCCAGCAGAUGGAUACACACUCACCGGUUGCUGCUACCAGCAGUAGUAUUAUAGAGCGCGAGGAACAACACGUGAAAAGUUGAGUUGGUUGAGUUCGUGUAAGAUGGGAAACCCUGGCUGCGAGAUAGAUAAUAGUUCGGUGUACAGCAGGGAACUGACGACUGGUUUUUAGAUAGCUUAGUAAACAGUCAUAUGAGUUAAGAUAUGGGUUAGAUUGAUCGGGACAGAGAAACAGACAGACAGAUACAAAGAAGGUAAGUAGUAGAGUGCAGAAGCUUCAUAUCUCAACCGAAACAGUACGAAUGCUUCAGUGCCGUGACCCGUGAUAGUGUGACAAUGUUAGGGUAACUUCCGGUGCUUGCCUAAUCAGACACCAUCAUGAAUUUAGGAUUCGUUUUUUAAGUCAGUUAAAUAACUAAUCGCUUGCUAGGUGCCCGUCUGCCGUCUAUCUAGCAAGUCUAGUUGAAGAAUUCAUAUUUUAUUGAACCCUGAAUCGCACUGACAUUAGCUGUCCAGAAGCAAACAUGCCAGAUCUAGCUAUCGUACAGAUCUGUUAAUUGUACUUUUAGUGUGAAGUCUAUACCACUAUGUAAAUACUCAUUAUAGAACAAAGUCUAGCCUGUUCACGUGUGGCUAUAGAUCGAGAGAAGAAGAGAGAGCGAGAGAAAGAGAGGUGAAUAUAAAACAAACGCUUAGCUCGGACAAAAGUCCGAACAGCACCUCCAUACCUAUAAUGGGUCGAAAAAUGCCUGCUUACUAUAAUGCGUGCCAAAACACACACAAAAACCAAGGCACUGACAAGGCAAUGAGUUUCUAAUAGAUAAGGUUCAGUUCAUUUUAUUGUAUCGAGGGCUCUCUGAUAGACGUUUCCUGUGUUUUUUUUAUAUAUAUAUAUUUGUUUUAGUUUUCGUUGUGGGUGUAGAAUCUCGUUUCAUUCUUAUUUAAUCGAUUCUAUCGAUUUUAAUAUAUUACUCAACUAUUUACACAUGUCUAACGCAAGUAUUAUAUUUUGCGACGCACGCUAGUGCUCGCUUCGAAGCGUUACAAGAAAGGAUAGGAAGGUAAACCCGAACCCCAGUGCAGAAGAAACAGUCAAUAUCAAUAACGAUUAAAUAGCGGUUGAAACUAUUGUCGAAAUCUUUAUAAAGCUGUAUUAUCAUUAUCUAUUUACUACGCGUGUCGACAACCGUAUGCUUCAACCGGGAAGAUGUACGAUAAUUUAUAUUCUAGUUGCAGCUCAUUCUACGGUAAUUUGGCAUUGAAAAAGGUCUAAACCAAUGCUUCCACUCUGAAAUAUCCCUCUCCCAAUUGCUGCCCUAAGUUUUUGGCAAGUUUCCAGAAAGAGUAUCCUAUCAAAUGAACGCCAUGGAGCAUAAAUUUACUGCUAUAAAAAAUAACGUUCAGCAGUACGGACUUCUGAUUUCCAAUAAAUACUGUUCUUAAAUUGAUUA